AUGGAGGUAGAGCAGCGCGAGAUCCAUGACACCAUCCAGAAGCGUCUUCAACAACCCAGCCCGCACCUGGACAAGUCCCUGCUGCACCUUGCCGUCUUCUUCUGUCUGCUGCAGGCACGUACCGGAACAGUCCGAGAGCUGGUCUAUUCCUGGCUAACCUCGACACAGAUGAUGAGCAGUCGGGGACCCGAGACCAUCCUAAGGGCCUUGGGAGUGCUCGACCAGGUUGCUCGUCUCGUUGUGCAACCUCGCGGGGCCCGCGGGUUCUCGACACGGGUUGACAAGUCCUUGCUGCUGCUCUUCCGGGUCCUUGAAGGGCUGGGCUGCCUUAUGCGCGACUCCAGCAGCGUGUUUACGGAAGCCCAAUGGAACAAGACGCUGGUAGAUUUCAAGAAGCUGAAGAGCGAGGUGGCGGCAGUUGACGCGCACAAAAUUAUACAGCAGGCGUCGGAACUGCUCGAGUCUCUUCAGGAGCUUGAAGAUGCCGUGAAGGAGAUCAAGAGUAUCUACGACACUUCCUACGACAUGUUUAUGUCUACCAGUCUCAACUUCAAGAUAUCCACCCUUCGGUUGUUUGCCCACCCUCUAUGGCAAAACGCCUCGGUUUCCAAGCAGGCCCUCCACGAAUCGGACAUCCUGGAAUAUGCCCACUCCAAUUUGGAACACCUCGAGAAAAGAAUGCCGCAUGCGGGCGUCGAGGCCUUCAUAUACAUCGACCAGCUUUUGGUCAUUGGCCUGGAGAUGCGGCACUCUCUCGACAGACUCCGCGUCAUAUCGCUGUUGGACACGGUCAAAAGCAGAGGGUUUGGUUUUGCCGAAGUCUACAUCGAAGAUUUGCAGCUGGCCUGGAAAGCCGUUCCCUCGUCCCGUUCGCCAACGUCAGGACUAAAUGCGGUACCCAGUCCUCAACAGCAAAGAAACGAUUGCGGGGAGAGCUAA